AAGAUGGAAAAGAAGGGAGAACAAAGGCACGGGCGAUUGGUGGUGCUUGUUCCUUGCCCAUUCCAAGGCCACAUAAGUCCUAUGUUCGAGUUAGGCACCAUUCUUUACUGCAGGGGCUUCUCCAUUACAAUUGCUCACACAAAAUUCAACUUUCCUAACCCUGCCAACUAUCCGAAUUUCAGUUUCUUACCCAUAGCAGACCAUUUACCUGAGCAUGAUGUUGCAUCUCUCGAUAUUGUAUCUCUGAUAUCAUAUCUUAAUGGUAAUUGCGAAGCACCAUUGCUGGAAUCAUUGUCUCAAAUCAUGGAAAAGCCACACACAAAGAUCACUUGUAUCAUCUAUGAUACACUUAUGCACUACUCAGAAGCAGUGGCCAAUCGUCUGAAGCUAACUAGCAUAAUCUUAAGAACUAGCAGUGUUGCCACUUUGAUCGCUUACAGCAAAUUCACUCAGCUACAACAGGAAGGUUACUUUCCUUUAAAAGAGCAUCUAUUGCAGGAAAUGGUGCCUGUGCUUUAUCCCCUCAGGUUUAAGGACCUACCCACCAUCGAUUUUGCAAGUUUAGAAUCCUUGAUGGAAUUAACAAAUAUAAUUAUUGCCAAAAGGUCCUCAGCCAUCAUCUGGAAUAGCAUGGACUGCCUUGAAGAAUCAGAAUUGGCGCAGCACCAGCAACAAUACCAAGUUCCAUUCUUCUCUAUAGGCCCCCUGUACAAAUUUGCAACAGCCUCCUCCAGCAGCAUAAUUGCCGAGGACACCUGCUGCAUCACAUGGCUGGAUAGGAAAACUCCUAAUUCAGUAAUCUAUGUGAGCUUAGGAAGCUUGGCUUCUAUGACUGAGAAAGAGUUGGCUGAAAUGGCUUGGGGCUUAGCCAACAGUAAGCAGCCUUUCUUGUGGGUUAUAAGACCCAAUUCAGUGUGUGGUUCUGAAUGGAUUGAAUUGUUACCCAAGGAUUUCAAAGAAGCUGUUGGAGAAAGAGGCUGCAUUGUGAAAUGGGCACCGCAAAAGGAAGUAUUGGCACAUCCAGCAGUUGAAGGGUUUUGGAGUCACUGCAGUUGGAAUUCGACGCUUGAAAGUAUCAGUGAAGGGGUUCCUAUGAUAUGUCGACCAUGUUUUGGGGACCAAAAAGUUAAUGCGAGGUAUGUGUGCCAUGUAUGGAAAGUGGGAUUGGAGCUGGAAAAUGAGUUGGAAAGAGAGGAGGUAACAAGAGCAGUCAGAAGGCUAAUGGUAAGUGCAGAGGGGAUGGAGAUGAGGCAGAAAACUAUAGAAUUGAAGGAGAAGGUUGAAUCUAGCAUGAAGAAUGGAGGCUCAUCCUACAAUUCCUUGGUCAAGUAG